CCCAUCGGCCCCAUCCUCGGCACGAGGCCGGGCAUUCAGUUACUCCAUUUGCCACUCGCCACUAUCCCUCGGCCAAGCUCCUCCAAUCCAAGCAAUCCAUGGACUGCAGCAGCAGAAGUGGUGGCCGGCGGCUAAAGGACCGCCUCACCCAGCUGCUCCUCCGUCCGGCCAACACUUUGCCCCGCUCCCCCUGCAGCUCAUCCUCGUCCACCUCCACGGUUUUUACAGCCACCGCCGCCACAACGACAUCCAUCUCAUCCAAUUCCAGUUCCACCACCGCAGCCAACUACACUACUGCCGCCGCCCUUUCCCGCGCCGAGCCUUUCUCAGCCGCUCUCGGCCGCCUCCGCCGCCCUCCUCCGGAGACCGAGAGCAUGCGCGGCAACAAGGAGCAGAGGAGCACCUCCUCCCGCCACAGCGGUCGGCGGCGCUUCAAGAACGCCGUCGACAAAGGCGGCGUCCGGACGCUCUCGUCCAACCCCUACGGCUUCACAUCUUCUAGCGAGGAGGACGAUGGCACCGACGUUUACGACGACGACGGCGACGACACGGAGACUUUCUUGUCCUCAAGAAGCCUCAUGUCCUCCGACUCCUCUGUCUUCUACGCGUACAGGAAGAUGCUGCAGCCGCCGUCCAAGAACAAGAGCCACCUCCGCCGCCAGAGGAGGCGGCGGCGCUGCUGUCGGCGGCCAUCGGCGAGCUGCGUGGAGACGUGCGGCGCCGGCGCCGUGAGGGAGCCGGGGUUCCGUCCUCUGGUGGCGACGGCGACGGCAACCGCUGCGGCGGUGGAGCAGGUACGGAAGGGGCUGGCGGUGGUGAAGCGGUCACGCGACCCAUACGGCGACUUCCGGGAGUCGAUGGUGGAGAUGAUCAUGGGGCGUCAGGUGUUCGGCGCGGCGGAGCUGGAGCGGCUGCUGCGGUCGUACCUGUCGCUCAACGCGCCGCGCUUCCACCCCGUCAUCCUCCAGGCGUUCUCCGACGUCUGGGUCGUCAUCCACGGCGGCUAGCGGCUAGCCUAACGUUGGCCACCGGCGUUGUGGGAUCUAGGUAGCUGCUUAGCUUGUGCAUGCAGUGAUGCACCUGAACGUAAAUUGCAUACUACUGUAUGCUUGUUCGGAUGUAAACUGUGGUGUUAACUAUGCAUGAUUGUUCUUGUGCAUGAGACAGUAGCUGUGGUGUUAACUAUGCAUGAUUGUUAUUGUGAGCCCAGCAUAGCAAGCUGGAUACACUAGCUAGUUACCUUCAUGCCUUGAUCUUAAUAACCCGUAGAAAUGCAGUUCUCCUGU